ACUGAAGCAAAUGCAGAAUUCAACAGAGAUGGCCUGGAGGACCUACAGUUACAUUAUAAUUUGCCUAGUGACGUAUGCCACGAGUUUACCCUUAACCACGUUAGAAAAGCCUCUGGAGAGCGAUGAUCAUCAAGAAACACACAAACCAAAUGAUGCUGAUAUUUUCACCCAAAUCAUUGCAUCCAAUGAAGGUAUUGAUCAGCUCUUGCUGCAGGGGGACAUAGCCAUCCGUGUUGUCCGCAGUUCCUUACAGUGUGAUAACUGCAAGUGGGACAUAUCCAGUAAUGGCAAAGUCCCAGUUCCUUUUACUGUGUCCCCUGGUUACACUAAAAGCCAGCUCGCCCUGAUAACUGCCGCCAUGCAGGAGUUUGAAACUCUGACUUGUGUGGAUUUUGUUCCCAAGACUAAUGAGAAGAAUGUCAUCAAUAUAAAUAAUGGAAAUGGAUGUUGGUCCUACAUUGGAAGGAGUGGUGGAGUUCAGCAAGUGUCUCUGUCAAAGCAAAGCUGCAUGGUCAAAGGGAUUAUUCAACAUGAGCUUAAUCACGUUCUGGGAUUUGUACACGAGCAUGUUAGAUCCGAUCGGGAUCAGUAUGUCAACGUGGUGAAGAAAAAUAUAUUACCAGAUUCUCUGGGUAACUUUGAUAUCGCGGUGACCAAUAAUCUGGGACUCCCUUAUGACUAUUACUCGGUGAUGCAUUAUCCAAGGAAUGCCUUUUCUAUUUCACCCUUUCUACCUACCCUAAUUACCAAGCCUGACCCUACUAUUCAGAUCGGACAGAGAUAUGGUCUGACCAACCUGGAUAUCGCUAAAAUCAACAAGCUGUAUAAUUGUGAUGUCUGCAGCACAUUACUCUCUGAUGUGAAUGGGACUCUCUUUUCCCCCAGUUAUCCCUCUGCAUACCCCGAUAAUGCAAACUGUGUCUGGCUGAUCCGAAUCCCAUCCAACCAGGUCUCAGUCCAGUUUAUAGCAUUCAGUCUCCAAACUUCUCAGAACUGUGUUUCUGAUUACGUGAAGAUUUACGAUGGGGCCACAAGAUCAGAUCCAGUGCUGCUGGACAAGGCGUGUGGGUCCCUACUUUUGCCUCCAAUAACAGCUUCAUCUAACCUGAUGCUUUUGGAGUUUGUCAGCAAUGAAGGCAAUACAAUGACUGGCUUUGAGGCUACAUACAGCACAGUGAGCUGUGGAGGAACCUACACCAGCCAAUCAAAUAGCUUCAGUUCUCCUGGAUAUCCUGUUGCGUACCCACCAUUAACCACCUGCAUAUGGUCUAUUUAUGCCCCUGUAGGAUUCAAGAUUGUACUAACGAUUAAUAAAAUUGACGUGGAAUAUGGGCUCCUAUGCAUGUACGACAGCCUUACUAUUUAUGAUGGGUACAACACCACUGCUCCAAUCCUGAGAUGCGCAUGUGGGAACACUGCUGUUCCAAACCAGAUUUCCAGAGGCAGAUCCAUGCUCUUGGUGUUUAGCAGUGAUAUUUCCGUUCAAAAGAAAGGGUUCCAGGCUUCAUACACUUUAAUAUCUGCCAACUGAAGAAGAGGAGUUUCAUUAAAGGGAUAUUUCACAACUGAGAUGAGUACCUAAGGGAACUCCCUGGAUUUGUGAAGGCUUCAGAAUGGAACUCAUCUGUUCAUAUAGUAAAUAAGUUGUAUCUAGGGGUUGGGAUAGAAUAGUUAGACAGCAGGCACUGCACGUUGUUACUGUAGGGUGAAUCCUGCUGGUAGCGAUUGAUACCAAAGCUAAUGUUUCAUUUUUUGGAAUAUUUUAGUGUGUAUAAAUAUGUUGUAAAUAAACUAUUUAAUUAAAGUGU